AUGAAUACUGAUGACAUGACUUUCAUCACACAUUUUGUCAAGGCCAAUAUACAAGAUGAAGAAUUAAAAUUAAAUUCAGCUUUGAAUGUUCUUCAACCUUUGGUAAAUUACAAAAUCUUGAAUCUUCAAGAAUAUAUUAAUGUUCCUGUUGAAAAUGAAGCUAUUUACCGCAUGCUUAGCAUUGAAGAAAUAGUGAAUACCAUUAGUCGACCAGAUGACACUGAAAAUAGUGAUAAUGAUGGGCCAGAGUUUUCUAAAAUAUCAAUUUCAUUAGCUCUUUCUUCUAUUCAUAAUAUUUCUCUUUUCCUUCAGCAAGAAGACCCUUCUUCAUCUACUCAAAAUCGACUUACCAUUCUCCGGAAGUUUACUCGUGAGCUUAAUAGUUUAUUGAAAAAAACUCAAAGAACUCUUGAUGAUUAUGUAAAACUAUUGAGUUAUCAUUUUAUUAAUAAAUUUGACUUUAUUUGUAAUAUGAUUUAUAUUAUGACACCCGUUAUUAUGACCAAAAUAUCUGGAACCGAUGAUGUCAUAUUAACAGGGGUUGACU